AUGUUGCUUUGCAAGCAACCAGGGGACACUACCAUAUUUGCCACUGCCACAGUAGACCAUAUCAGCCUUUACAAUCUUUCUUCUGUUUCGCCUCUUGCACGGGAGUUGUCGGUAACCCCAACUCCAGACAGGCAACACGUUCGCAUUAUUGAUUCGACCAAUGAGGCCGCUGCCGACCUUUCUCCUUACGGGAAUCAACCCUGUUCUGUAAUUAACACCAUUGUACACAAUGCGUGUCGACGACCAUUUGUUCCAAUAUGGAGAGUCCCAUUCUCGCAGGUGCGCGGUAGCGGCAUUAGCGGCGGUGAAGAUGAAGCGAACAGAUGCACACCGCUUUCGCUUGCACUUAGUUGUGCUGGGGGCGCGCAGAGGCUAUUUGUGUCCGAAAGCGGUAGUGGUGCAUGGGUGGGCGAAGGGAUGUCAUUCUCCGCACUGUCUGUCCCCUCCGAAAUUGUUACAACGAGUGCGUAUGUUGACAGAGAUACCAGAGCAGAAUCAAUACAAUACACUAAAAGCGGUAUUCAAGGGAAUGAUAUUGUCACAUCCGGCUGGGCGUAUCGCGACCCAACAUUACUUGCCAUUGGUCGACAUAGGGGUGUUGUGCAACUUCUGCGCGUAGAAGGUAGCGGCUCCCAUCCCUCUCUUCACACCACAGUGGUUCAGGAACGUGUUCUUCAGGGAAGUGUAACUUCUCUCGAUUGGGUUCCAAACAGUGACAUUCUCGUCGUGGCGGCGCGACGGCGAGAUGAGUAUGGUUGCUUUGCGGAGGUGAUGGAUUUUCGGUCUCGAGAAGUAGCUAUUCGCUACCUCGGUGCCCCACCAGGCGUUACUCCCACUUCUUCACGCGCUUCGAGGCAACAACAACCCCUGCGCUGUGGUGUUGGUAUUGCGUCUACGGGUGCAUUAUGCUUUGCAGAGGCUAUUGCCUGUGACAUGUCGCAGAAGUACGUCGCGGCUGCCGGCAGCAACAACCGCCAUGACGUACUUCAACUUUGGGAUCUGCGGAUGAGCUCAAGGCCAGUUAGUGCGCACGUUCACGCCAGCCUGGGAUACACGUCUCUCAGCUGGGUGUCGUGUGCAACUCCUACUGUAGUCAGCACCACCCGAAAAAGGGGGCUAUGGAUGUAUACGUUUACAGAUUCGCAAAGUCAAGGUGGUGAUGAUAGUGAUGAUAGCGGUGAGGAAAAGGAAAGACGACAACGUUUGCUCCCUUCGGAGGACCGGUAUCGCUUACAUACCCGGGUGCCAGCAGCAUGUGCUGCAUCAUUGGGGGGAGACCAAGCUGUUACACCGACUACGGGUGUUGAAACGUCACAACCGGGUGUAGCGGCGUCUCCUCACAAGGGAAGUGCACACCAUAGAGCAGGCAAAUGCGACCAAGUGCAGAAUGGGCAACAUCUCAAGUUGCCGUGUCUUGUUCUGCUCGAUGCCGCUUCGGGUGAGUUGUACCCACAAGUGGCUCUUCCGAGAAAAACAAUGGUCACAAUGAUCAAUGACAUCCCUGUGUGGAGCGCGGGACCCAAUGUAUUUCGCUUUCAUCGUGAUAUUAAUGAGCUGCUCGACGAUAUGGAGGAUGACAGUAAUUUGCAAUUACGAAAACAGAAGGACCAGCACAUACCCGACACUAUCGCUAAGGAACCUUCUGCCAGUGCCGGUAGCCUUAGCGAGGGGGAAUUUGAAGAAGAGAGCGGUGAGGCGGAGCGCACUGGUGGAAACCUUUUAGACCUGCUGAAAGCAUCAGUGUUCAUGAACACAGAUUACGACGAAACGACCCUCGCCUCUCUGUCCACGACAUUACCGGCUGCAAUAAAGGAACGGCCAAAUAUUCCUACUGUUAGGCGCCCGUUAUUGUCGUUGAGGCGUCUCCGCGAGGGAUUCGUGCCUUACUCACAUCAAGUUUUUUCUGUGCUGUCACACGAAAUGGCAGAUCGUGAGGCUUAUGCUCUGUUCCGCUACGGGUGGUACAUGCAACGACACAUUCACAAGGGGAAAACAAUUACCCCGGCAUCUUCUGUUGUUCCCAGCUUACUGGAACUGCUCCGGAAAAAGCCACAGGUGCAAGUAACUAAAGUCAUUCUCCGCGCAAUGGGGUGGUGCAUCGAUCGAGAUGAGGAGGCACUGAUGCUGCAGCCGUUAGACUCCCCAACAACUGUUAGGGAGAGCAGCAGGAUCGGUGUUUUAUCACCAAACAUCGUACCGCAGACGACACACCAGGUAUCCGGUCGAUUUCAUGGCCUUCCCCUGUAUUGCCAUCAGAGACCGUUGGCAUCUGAAAAGGGAAGCACCAUGUUUUCGUCUCCCUCAGCAUCGUCCGAAAGUACAGAGUACGCGGCCGAUGUGCUCUCUCAGAACUCUCUACCGCCGUUUGAAAGUCAGGUGGCGCCCUCUCCUGAGGUUGAGUUCUGCGACCGCGUUGGCGCCGCCUCACCGGAGGAUGCAGUUGAACGGCGUGUUGCUAUUCAUGUUUGCAUGGGUUAUCUGAGUGAGGCGGCACGACUGCUCUCUCAUUACAGUGACCUGCGGCCUUCCUACGCGAAUGUCGCCCUUAUACUAGAGUCAGCUGCACAGGGUCAUUUUCCGGUUGCAAAUAUCGUUGCGCCUGCGGGCUGUAGUUACUGGAUGCAUUUGUGCGUUGAGCUGUUGGGGAUGUAUGCACAUCAUUCGUCCAUAGGAGGCGCCGAUCAAGGGAACGGCGAGCGCGAGCGACCAGGGUCAGGUUGGUCAAGCGCUUCAUCACACGUGGCAGGGCGCAAGUUCUUUACGUGUUUCACGAGGCGAUACCCUCAAAUGCCCCUCCCGGACCAAGUAGCCCUGGCCACAGUUCUGUUAUUCCCAUACGCAUCAGCCGAUUCGCAGGAACAGCUAGCCUCCGGCGAUAAUAAACGCGAGGAAUCGUGGGAGGCCCUAGGUGAUAUACUUCAAGAGAUGACGAUGAUGCAGUUUGAUUCUUCUCUAGGUUGCAGUUGCUCCCUUUUCCUUUCGGCGGCUGUCGAGCCACUUGAUAGCGAAUACACUUCUGUACAACGUUACGUUGAUGAAACGGGUGACGUGCAAACUCCGGUGGUAUACUUUGCACUAUAUGGGUCUACAAAGAGCAGGAGUUGGCGUUUGUGGAACGAUGCCUACCGCACUCAGUUGAACAAUGGUGGCCAUUCAAUCCUCCGCAGUAUCCACGAUCUCGCGUGCUCAAAAAUGUCGCAGAUGCGUGAAAAGGUAAACGAGAAUUUCAAGAGCAGUGAAUAUAAUAAUUCUAUGUCGUUCCCACUCGCUGGCCGGGACGGUGUAGUGCCACUCGCAUCAAAUUUCGUGGGGAGGACAUUUAGUGGUUUCGUGGGAGCGCCGACGGCUUCCGUAAUUUCUGGCACUGAAGGCAGGCCGAAGUCAAAGAGACUAACGGGAACGGGAGGUGUGGUGCUGAGAUGCAAAUGCGGAUGUCGCGUACCCACAUUUCCUGCCAAUGCCGAGGGGGAUGCGGUGGAACCAACAUCAACGGCUAUUAAGACAGCGUCCAUGGAAGGGAGCCAACAGUCACUGUGCAAAAUACCUGACUGCCUAACACCCAUGUGCGUAGUAUGCAGCGAGCCGGUAUUCCGUCAAAAAUCUGGUUAUACGUUCGAGGAGUCUUUUACGUGGUGCACCGUCUGUCUACAUGGAGGCCACUGGAUGCACUUACGAGAGUGGUUUGUGAAGCAUCGAACUUGCCCUGCUGAGGAUUGUUCCUGUCGUUGCUACUACCCUUUAAAUGAGCGUUGUGGUGUGUGA